UUGAGAGAAAUUCAUUGUUAGCAUAAGGAUGUAUCUUAAACCACUGGAAAUUCGCUUUAGUCAAGAUUCCAUUGGGAGGACAUUUGGUCGCUGCACGUCACAUCCCUUUAGACCCAUAGGAAACACAUUGGACGAUAUUUUAUCUGGGCGUUGUAACAUUAACUCUAUUCCUAAUAUUUCUGUGGUAAAAAGAGAUGGUCUUUGGUUUACAUCAGACAACAGAAGAUUAUGGGUGUUUCAAGAGGCAGAGAAGCGAGGGAAAUGCAGUGAAAUAUACGUCAGGGAGACGAGUUAUUUUAACUACAGUAAGUUUACAACUGCAAACAAUGGUACUUCUAUAUAUGUUAGAGGGAACCCAGGGGGCUCCCUUUGGAGAAGAAUGCCAGAAGUGAGCAGGAGUCUGAGAGAGUCCGCUCGAGAAGUGUCAACGAUGUACUCCAAAACUUUCACGAGAACUUCUACAAAUAUAAACACGGAGAUAAACACUAGGCAGAUAGACCAAGAUAUGAGUUUUCCUUUGGCAAGCUAUAGGCAAGGCAGUCUUGUAAAUACAAAUUUGGCUUUUCCGAAACCGUCAGAGGACGAUUCAUCAGAAACGUCAUCAGACUGUGAACAGAAUUACACAGUAGAUGUCAGAGAUACAAAUGGGGUGUUUCCUAAGCCAGCUGAAGACGACACAACAGAGAAGUCAUCAGAAUGUGAGCAAAAUUAUCCAGAAAAUGUCAGAGAAAGCAAAGUAGAAGAAAUGGAAGGAGACUUUGAUAAACAAUCUGACUCUUUGCCUGAAAUUGCUGAUGUUAAUGGAAACAGCCUUGAUGAAGAGCCAUCGAUGGGUUUCUCCUCUAAAACAUAUAGUGAUUGUUUGCCUCUUCAACAAUCAAGAGAGUUUUCAAACAAUUUCUAUGACGUAUCACUAGCAGAUGAUGCAGUUAAAAUUCCGGCCAAUGAAAUUGUGGCAACAACAGAACAUAUAAAGGGAACAGUUAUGGAGAACAAAAUAUUUGUGGGAGACGAAGAAGAUGUAGAAGACAACAAGAGUAGGGAUGGCAUAGAAAAAGAAGAAACGAAUGAGGAAAAUAAAAUAGCCAGAGACCAAAUAAGCAAGAUUUCAAAUUCAGAGUUACUUAAUUACAGAAAAGAACAUUUCAUUCUAAACAUGGAACAUGUGUCGGGAAAUCCACCAAAAAAGCGCACGUCCACGAAAAGAAUUAUAUGUGUAUCAUUUAUUACAAUAGUACUGUUAACCCUUGUAUUUUUUCUUAUUUACAUUCUCUACUCUAUUUUAUCUUCUGAAAUGUAA